AUGGACGUCCUGUGUGUAUGCGGGUCCAAGUUGGGCUUUGGAGCCAGGAUCGGGUCUUACAAGUUGAAUCAGAGCAGAGUUGGUUCUAGGAUUGUUAUGGGGUUAUGGGAAAUCACCACACAUCCGGCUGAGUCUCAUGUUGAUGAUGGGGUUAACCCGACCGUGUUGUUGCCAAUCCAAACGGAUGGGACAAAUGUGGAGAUCGGGCCUCCUGUUGUUCAGGUGAAUCCGACUGAGGUUCGUGUGGACGGAUCAGGACGUCAGCUGGAACCGGAGCUGGAACCAGUUGAUGGAGCUGGACGACAACAAGAAAGGGGGUUUGAGGAGCAAGGAGAGUCCUCGCAGACUGGUCGCCAGGACGAUAAGGUAGGUGGAACAGCUGGUCAAGUGAAUCAGACUGCUGAACCGUCUAUGAAGGAGGUGCUAGAAGCCAUGAAGGCUAUGGGGACUCAGAUCUUGGCCUUGACCCAGGCAUUCACGCCUGUAAGGACAGCCAUUCCUUUGGGGAAUGACCGGACGGGUCCGAUUGCGGCAGCUCAGGCAGCUGGUCGAGGAUCUCAGCAGCAGUUGGAGGAAGUGGCUGAGGUGAUUGAAAUCGAUCCCCCAGCUAGGACAGCUAAGAGGAUGGAUUAUCUGAAGCUGCUUGAGCACAUAUCCAAGCUGGGGACUAAACACUUUGCUGGAAGUGUUGAUCCAUUAGAGGCUGACGAGUGGAGGAGCAGGCUAGUCUGUAAUUUCAGCUUAACUCGAUGCCCAGAUGACUACAAGAAGGACAUUGCAGUUCACUUCUUGGAAGGUGAUGCUCACAACUGGUGGUUGGCUCUAGACAAGCGUACCAGUGGCAGCAUUGAACGCUUCUCCAACUUUGAGGUGGAGUUCAACCACAAGUACUGCCCAGCUGAGGCAUGGGAUCGUCUAGAGGCUAAGUUCUUGGACCUGGUUCAGGGAUGCAGGACAGUAAGAGAGUAUGAAGAAGAAUUCAACCGUCUCUGGCGUUAUGUGGGUAAGGAGUUAGAGGACGAGUCAGUACAGGUUCAUCGGUUCAUAAGAGGCGUAAGGGUUGAGCUCCAAACCUACUGCUCAGUUCGCACCUUUCACACUGUGUCUGAACUGGUUGAAAGGAUGGCUAUGUUUGAGACUAACUUGGCCGAGGAGGCUAAGCUGAAAAUCCGGAGUCACACGGCUCCUAGUGGUGGUAGCAAUGACCGCAAGAGGAAGAGGGAACAGGCUGACGAAGGUAAGCCUUCAAGUGGUAGGCCUGAGUGUCCCAAGUGCGGCAGACAUCAUGGUGGUGAAUGCUGGAGAGCAAUGGGAGCCUGUCUCCGAUGUGGCAAGAUGGAUCACUCAGCUCGUGACUGUCCUAGACAGGAGCAAGGGGCUAGUGGUGAUACAUGGACAUGCCAUUACUGUGGAAAGAAGGGACAUCUCCGAAAGGAUUGUCCUAAGCUGUCAUCCGGGCCAAGCAAGAGCCGAGGAGAGGUUAGCAGCCGGAUCCGAACCGCGGACAGACUUCAGCACCGCGCGUCUAUGAGUUGUCCAAGGAUGAGGACAGGACCGGGCCAUUCCAAGCGAUCACUGAUUGGGUCAUAUGUAGGGACCCUAAGUAUUGGUGGUGUGGAAACACACAUACUUUUUGAUACUGGUGCUACACAUAGCUUUGUGAGCCCAGGGAUGCUCGGAACGGGGUUGUUCCAGUUGGGAACGGGGGAUUGUCCUGGGGUAGUGAACACGGCCGGUUGGCAAGUUAUGAGUUCACUAGGAGUGAUUCGGGACAUCCCAGUGGUGAUCCCAGACAGGGUCAUGCCUGUGGAUCUUGUGGUGAUAUUAGGUAUUGACUGGCUUGGAAAGAACCGGGCCACUCUUGACUAUCACCGGGGGCGAGUGCAGUAUGAGGGUGGGAGUGGAUCUCCGGUCAGGUUCCAAGGUAUACGUCCGAUCUCUGGAUGCUUGGUGGUGUCAGCAAUCCAUGUUGAAAAGAUGCUGAGGAAGGGUUGUGAAGCUUAUCUAGCCACAAUCGCCACUAAGGAGGUCGUCGUGGGUGGUGACCCGGAGGGAAUACCGCUGGUCCGAGAGUUCCACGAUGUGUUUAGGUCACUACAGGGCAUUCCCCCUGAUAGGUCGGACCCAUUCAUAAUAGAACUGGAACCAGGGACGGCCCCGUUAUCCAAAAGUCCCUACAGAAUGGCUCAUGCCGAGAUGGCCGAGCUUAAGAAGCAACUGGAGGAGUUGCUGGAUAAGGGUUUUAUAAGACCUAGUGUGUCACCUUGGGGAGCACCGGUUCUUUUUGUCAAAAAGAAAGAUGGUAGCUUCAGGUUGUGCAUUGACUAUCGAGGGUUGAACCGGGUUACCGUGAAGAACAAAUACCCAUUGCCUCGGAUAGAUGAGUUAUUGGAUCAGCUCAAGGGUGCAAAGUGGUUCUCUAAGAUCGAUUUGGCUUCAUGGUAUCAUCAGAUCCCUAUUGAACCAAAUGAUGUUAGAAGGACAGCAUUCCGAACAAGGUACGGUCACUACGAAUUUGUGGUCAUGCCAUUCGGACUAACCAAUUCACCAGCAGCCUUUAUGAAGAUGAUGAAUGGUAUCUUUCGAGAUUUCUUGGAUGAAUUUGCAAUCAUCUUCAUAGAUGACAUAUUAGUAAAUUCCAAGAGCAAGGAAGACCAUGAAAGGCAUUUAAGGGCUGUGCUAGGACGGUUGAGGGAACAACAGCUCUUUGCCAAGUUGAGCAAGUGCAGUUUUUGGAAAAAGAGUUUUGGGUUCCUUGGACACAUCGUGUCCGAUCAAGGAGUCUCGAUUGAACAAGAGAAGAUCAAGGCCAUACAGGAAUGGCCACGACCUAAGAGUGUCACGGAGGUCAGGAGUUUCCUAGGGCUGGCCGGUUACUACAGGAACUAUGUCAAAGGGUUUGCCAGCUUGGCCCAACCGAUGAAACAGCUAACUGGAAAAGAUGUGAGAUUUGUAUGGUCUGAAGGAUGUGAGAAGUGUUUCUCUGCCUUGAAGAAUAUGUUGACGAAUGCACCCGUUCUAGUGCUACCAGAGGUUGACCAACCUUAUGUGGUAUACACAGACGCAUCCAUCGCCGGAUUUGGAUGUGUAUUGACCCAACACAGAAAGGUCAUUGACUAUGCCUCUAGGCAAUUGAGGAAGCACGAGGGUAACUACCCAACCCACGACCUGGAGAUGGCCGCAGUGGUGUUUGCCCUCAAGAUAUGGCGGUCAUACUUGUAUGGUGCCAAGGUUCAGAUUUUAACCGACCACAAAAGCCUCAAGUAUAUAUUCACUCAACCUGAGUUGAAUUUGAGACAAAGAAGAUGGAUGGUGUUUGUGGCCGACUGUGAUCUUGACAUAGCAUACCAUCCAGGUAAAGCAAACCUGGUGGCCGAUGCAUUGAGCCGCAGAAGAGCUGAAGUAUCGGCUGAGAAAGAGGCGGACAUGUUGGAAGGGAUGGUCAGAUCGUUGCACCUAAAUACCUUGGUUAGCGAGGACGAACCUUUGGGUUUGGAAGCAGUGAACCAGGCCGAUCUUCUGACCAGGAUUAGACAAGCUCAGGUCUUGGACGAGGACCUUCAAGGGGUUGCUCGGAACGAGAAGACGGAGUAUCAGACGGCUCAAGAUGGAACGAUCUUGGUCCAUGGAAGGAUUAGCGUCCCUAACGUGCGGGGACUUAAGGAAGAGAUUAUGAUUCAGUAUCAUAAGUCUAAGAUCUCUGUGCAUCCCGGACUGAACAAGAUGUAUAAAGACAUCAAGAGGUAUUACCAUUGGGUUCGCAUGAAGACUGAUGUGGCCGAGUGGGUGGCUAAGUGUCCUACUUGCCAACUCGUCAAGGCUGAGCAUCAAGUACCUAGUGGGAUACUUCAGAACUUACUUAUUCCAUAAUGGAAGUGGGAUCACAUAACCAUGGACUUCGUGUCCGGAUUUCCCACGACCAGGAACAGGAA